CAGAUCGCGAGGCGACAUGGCGCCGCCGAGACACACGUUCCUCUUGCUGGCAUCGCUCAGCAUGGUUGUUCUCUGUCGAGCCGGUCCCCUGGGCCCGCUGCCGAACGUGACCAGCGCCGACGUCGCUCUUAAGGAAGGAAGCUGUGCUCUAGGCGAUGUGGUGUACAUGCCGGGCGACGAGUUCCCAGGUUCGGACCCGUGCGAGAGCUGCAAGUGCGCUGGUGGCGACGUGCAAUGUGCGCGCCAGCGCUGCGAGCCCCGGCCCGGCUGCAAGGCACUGCACCGCCCCGACCACUGCUGCCCUACCUAUCAGUGCGAAUGCGAACAAGAAGGGCGAGUGUACGGUAAUGGUGAGAAGCUGGUGGACCCUGCAGACCCGUGCCGCGUGUGCUACUGCCAGGGAGGGGAGGUGGUGUGCCGGCGCAUCGCGUGCUUCGUGCGCGACGACUGCACGCCGCGCCUCGUGCCCGGCCGCUGCUGUCCUGAGUACGACAACUGCCCACUGAGAGGAGUAACCAGUCUGCCCGGAGCGUCGUCUUCAAUUGCAAGUUCGGCCGCAUCUGAGAGCGUGGAGUCCCAACCAGCACCGCCAAAAGAGAACAUAAAACAAGAGAUCACUAUUAAGGAAAUAACUCCUGUCUCUGAGAUCCCAAUUAUCACAGACGUGAAAAUAAAAGAGAUUUUACCAUCGCCUAGCAUUGAAGUAGCCGAGUAUUCGUCUUCCAAGUCUCCUCUGAUUCCACGAGAGGCUACAUCAGAAAAAAAUACAAAAGAAAAUGAUUCCAAAACAGAGUCUCCCAGUAUAAUUGAGAUCCACUCUUCGCUGCCUGUGAUUGUGACGUCACCAGAUGCAACACAAUUCACUGCAACUGAAAAUAAGAAUGAAGACGCACCUCCUUCCAAGAUCAGCUUCUCUACACAAGAUUCUACGCACAGCGCUAUUUAUCCUUCAAAUGUACCAAUCGUAGCGACUAUGGGAAUUCCACCCGUAACACCCGAACCUGCACCUGUUGCCACAACUAAAGCUCCCAUUAUUGAGGAAGAAGAUUUUGAUCACAAUCCUGCUUUCCCUCCACUUCCUGACGAUUUGGCUGUAUUGCGAAACCACGAGGAUGAAAUAGUACCAGAACAGGUCGCUGACAAUGACCACGUGUCUGGUCACGACAUUACCGUAGCCAAUAUAUCUCCUACUGUUGAAUCUGAGUCAAAAGAUCCACUAACCACUACAUCCAAAGAUCUUCCAGAUACAACAACCGUAACAACCACAGAGAAACUUAAAACUUCAACGGAUGCAGCAAGUACGACCGGAGAUGUACCAAGGAGUACGGAAGCACCUAGUUUUAAAGAAAGUCCGACGAUUAAUUUGAGAUCAGCAAUUCCAACAGAAAUUUUAAAUGAACCGACAACGAUUGUUCAUGAUGAACCAGGUAUAUCUGAAAUAACUGACACUAAAACCAUAAUUGAAAGUUUAACACCGGCAGCUACUACCACUCAAGCACCCCAAAAGAUAGAGGAAGUUGAAGUUACAUCAGAAAAAGCAGAGCCAUUUACAUUGGACACGAAAACAUCGACUGAAGGCGAAGCGUUUUCCCAACUUGUAUUCGAUACCACUACUCAUCGUAAGGAAACAGAAAUUGAGUCAGGACCGUUUACCACAGAACAAGAACAAACCACCAGUUCACUCGCAAAGUCUAAUGUUGCUACUGAAGUGACAUCACAGACAGAGCUUAGUUCGCUGCCUAUCGAAACGAGCGACCAAAAUCCACCCGAGCUACCGAGUGAAAAUACUAGUCAUGAUAAAGAAACUCCGUCUACCAUGGAUCCCAUAGACAUCAGUUCCAAAAUACCAUCAACUAGUUCAGAAGUUAUCACAGUAUCUCGAUCUGCUUCCAGUGAUAACAUUGGAUUAGAGAAUGUAGAAACGACAGAAUUCAUUGUAACGUCAUUUGGUUCUUCAGAAACAGCGACUGAUGCCGUCGAAUUGAUCAAAAUAUCGGCAAAUCCUGAGAAGAGUUCAGCGAUUAUUGAGUCUACCGAUGGCAAGAAAACUAAUGAAUUCACUGACUUGAUCAACCUAGUACGAGACGUUGCUUCCAUUAGCGACAACACUGAACAACCAGACAGUGUGCAGCACGUGACGACUGCAGGGAGUAUUUCUGAUUCCGAGGAGCUCAUUCCAGUCAACGCUGGGUAUAAGAGUAAAAACAAAAACUUUAAUCAAAACUCUAUUACCGAGAUACCUCACAAGAGUAAAAUUGCAAGCACAGUGAACAAGCAAAAGGUGGUCGAGAUUGAGGACGAUGAGUCAGAAAGUGUGACGGACUCGCCGCCACCUUUCGAUAAGGUGGAGCCCACCACACGACGGCCCAUUAUUGAUAAUGUGUCGGACGAUGUAAAUAUCGCUGAGAACAAGACACAACAAGACAAAAAGGAUAUCGAGAUCAUCACGCAAUCUUAUGUACCUACUAUUAACCACCGACGACCCACAAAAGUCGUCAUGAAGAAGAAUAGUGACAAACUAGCAUCAUCUGGUGAGUCUCUCAGCGUGUCUACGUCUACUGAAACCUCUACAGACAGUAGCAUUUUAACUGAAACGCCUAUUGCUGGGUCAGGGGAAACCGACAAGAAGGAAAAGAUCUCGAGUGACGUCACACAAGACGCACUGAGCACCGACUCUCCCAUUGUUACCACUGCAGCUCCUGCGAGUAGCACUGAUACUGCGACAUCCACUACAGCGGUUCCUGUGACCGUUCGCGACCUCGUGACUACUGCUGCUCCAUCAAGCAGCUCUGAAGAAGCAACCACAGAUGGUCCCUCUGGUGAGUCAUCGGCCACCUCCUCCGCCCCUCCGAGCUCGGCGCAGUGA